AUGAUUAAAAUACAUUGUGUUUCAGACAAGGAUCCAGCAAGAGUGAUCUUUGAAAAAUAAGAUUUAAGAAAAGAGCUACAGAUAAGCUUAGCUUAGAUUGAAUCUGGCAAGCAUCAUUCAAUGGCUUUAACUUAAGAUGGCUUGCUCUAUGUUUGGGGAUUAGGUCUGAAUGGCUAACUUGGCUUAUCAAUUGAUUAACAUCUCACUUACUAAAAUAAGGUCAAUGGGUAAUUUUUAGAUGUUUUGUUAAAAUUUCUAGUGAACUUAAUAAAUAUAGACCAGGAAAGAUUCUAACAAAAUACAACAAUGACUAUCGGCUCUUAUCAUUCAUUUGUAAUUAACCAGGCAGGGCAACUCUUUGGUUGUGGGUAAAGUUUGAAUGGAAAAUUAGGAAUAGAAGCGGAUAAUAAAGCAGUCACUCAGUUUAUUCAUAUUAGAGUAGUAGAAAAUGGAUAAGAAAUAAAGUUUAAAUAAAUCGCCUGUGGAAAUGAAUUUACACUUGCAUUAAGUAAUGAGGGUGAUAUAUAUUCUACUGGGUCUGGAGAGUUUAACAUUCAUGGAAUAGCAUAAACAAGCUCUAUUGUACUAAUAAAUUCAAGCGAAAGAAAUUGCGCUGCUAUUGACAAUGAUGGAAGAGCCUAUGUGUGGGGAGACAAUUCUCAUUUUCAAUGUGGAAAUCCAAAUGACAUCAAGCCUACUGGAGAUGAUUUGAUUUCAGCAUUUCAACCAUUUCAAAGGCUUUAUGAUUAGUUCAGAGUAAAUGCAGUUGCGUGCGGAGGGUAUCAUACUCUCUUCCUGACGAGCGAUAAAUCUGUUUAUAGUUUGGGAAGUAAUCAGUAUGGGUAGCUUGGACUCUGCUUGUCUGAUGAUAAUUAAUCUUAUCGUGACCCAAUGAAAAUAAAGUUCUUUCAAGAUAAAAUAAUUACUGCCAUUAGCUGUGGCUCAUUUCAUUCAAUAGCAGUAACAAUUGAAGGCUAUGCAUAUUCAUGGGGGAGGAAUGAUCAAGGAUAGCUGGGUUAAGGUGAUCAUGUUUCAACUAAAUCAGAAUCAAAAUAAGGAUUGCCUAAAUUAAUUGAGUCAAUUUUGGGUAGAGGCAUCAUUGGAGUGAAUGCUAAAUAUAAUUAGUCAUUUUUUUACAGUACGGAUACUAACUCUGCCAAAGGUAAUGAUGAUUUAUUUCAGAUAUGGAAAUAAAAAUUCAUUAAGCAUGAAGAGGCGCAUGCGGUUAUGAUAAAUUAUGAGUAUAGAAAUGAAAAAAGACUAAUGAAACUUUAAGAACAUAAAAUCAAUUUUCAAGGUUAAUCCAGUAAUAAAGUAGGGGUUCAAAGUUAACAUAACUAGUCAAAGAUGGUAAAUGAUUCAAUCAUGAAAAAGCUAUAAGAUGAAAGGUCAAACUCUGAUUAAAUUCAAAAUCAGCAAUAGUUAGAGUAAUUUAAGCAGCAGAAAAAGCUUUUGAAAUAUGAAUAUAUUGCUUUUGAAAAUGACAAUUGUGAAAUUAUUGGAUUUAAGAGGCAAAAUCCUUAAACUAAAAAAACUUAUGUGAAUUAUGCCUCUCAGUUCCCUUUUCAGGGUCUUUCUGAUAAAAUGACUAUAAACAGUAAACCCUAGAAUUAAGAGGAGUUUUUGAGAAUGCUCUUAAGUUCUUAAUCUACAAUAACUUAGUUAAAUUAGUCGAGUGUAGAUUAAAAUACGAAAUAAAAUCAGUAACUUCCUUAAUAAACUUUGACUGAUAAAUUGAUAUAAGAUAAUCCAUUUGUGUUUUUGAUGAACAAGAUGAAAGUAGAAUAAAUGAUGAUAUCUACUGAAAAUGAAAUUGAUGAAGUGGGUAAUGAAACAGGAAGGAAAGUUGAGAUCCUAAAAGUUGAAAAGGAUUUCAGUUUAUUUUAAAGAAGAAACCAGUACCCAUAUGAUAUUAUCAGCAAUCCAUUUAAGAUUAGUCCUAAUUGA